AUGGGAUUAGAUGCUAUCAAACCAUCACCGGUGCCGGCCGGAGAAGAAAACACACAAAAUCAAUCCACUUCACUUCUCUCUUUCGACACAGACAUCACCACCACCCCAACAAAACCCUCUACCACCACCCUCCUCCUCUUCUCCCUCCUCCUCCUCUUCUCCUCCGUUACAUCCACCAAUCACCACCACAGCACCACUGCUCUCCAAAUCGCUCGGCCACUCAGUAAACUCACUCACCCAGUCGUCAUCCUCAUUUCCUCAGAUGGGUUCCGAUUUGGGUACCAAUUUAAAACCCCAACACCCAACAUCCAUCGACUAAUCAAAAACGGAACCGAAGCUGAAACCGGAUUGAUUCCAGUCUACCCAACGUUAACCUUCCCAAAUCACUACUCAAUCGCCACCGGAUUAUACCCUGCUUAUCACGGAAUCAUAAACAACCAAUUCAUUGAUCCGAUCGCAGGUGAUACUUUCACAUUUACCAGCCAUGAACCCAAAUGGUGGCUAGGCGAACCCAUUUGGGAGACAAUCGCGAAUCAAGGGCUCAAAGCGGCUACAUAUUUCUGGCCUGGAUCCGAGGUAAAAAAGGGUUCUUGGGAUUGUCCUGUAAAUUUCUGUGCACCCUAUAACGAAUCAGUCCCAUUCGAAGAACGCGUUGAUACUAUCCUCCAUUAUUUCGAUUUACCAACUGAAGAAAUUCCUGUUUUCAUGACAUUGUAUUUCGAGGACCCUGAUCAUCAAGGUCAUCAAUUUGGCCCUGAUGAUCCUCAUGUUACUAAAGCUGUUAGUAACAUCGAUGGGUUGAUUGGUAGAUUGAUUAACGGAUUGGAAAAACGUGGGGUUUUCGAAGAUGUUACCAUAAUCAUGGUAGGUGAUCAUGGAAUGGUUGCUACUUGUGAUAAAAAAUUAAUCUUUUUAGAUGAUUUAGCUUCUUGGAUCAAGAUUCCGAAAGAAUGGGCACAAGAUUAUGCUCCUGUGUUAUCUAUUCGUCCACCUUCUGAUCAAUCCCUUUCUGAAAUUGUCGCCAAAAUGAACCAAGGAUUGAGAUCAUUAAAAAAUGACGACAAAUUGAAAGUUUAUCUCAAAGAAGACCUUCCUUCGAGGCUACACUAUUGGGAAAGUGAUAGGAUCCCUCCGAUUAUUGGGUUAGUGGAUGAAGGGUAUAAUGUUGAGCAAAAGGACUGGAAGAGUAAGGAAUGUUAUAAAUGUGGAGGUUUACAUGGAUAUGAUAAUGCAUUUUUUUCGAUGAGAUCGAUUUUUAUUGGUCAUGGUCCUCGAUUUGCUAGAGGUAGAAAGGUACCAUCUUUUGAGAAUGUUCAAAUAUAUAAUUUAAUUACUUCGAUUCUCAACAUACAUGGAGCUUCCAACAAUGGGUCAUUAUCUUUUACAAAGAGUGUGCUUUUGCCUCAUCAUUGA